AGGAUGCAAGCACAGAGGACAGCGAAAUAGCGAAAUGCAGUCAGCUGUGCGCUAACCAGCAGGCAUGCCGCCCUAGUUUCGUCUCAAAAUAGCUCUGACCCGAUACGGCGCAAAAUGGGUUAAAAGGAAUAUGGCCUGGAUCGCGCAAACUUUCAGACACUUUGCUUUUACAUGGGAUUGGGUCUCUUAGUGUUACGGAGCGGCCAAAUGAGGAGAGGAGACAAUACAGAAACGGAAAUUCGCAUCUAGUAUUUUUCUUUACUUUCCCCCACCCUAUUCUCUUUUUAAGACAUGAUUACAGAGUUGGUGUGUAGCGCGGUGGCAUUGGUCCUCUAUCUCAACACACUGAACGCGGAUUUCUGCUACGAUGACAGCCGUGCGAUCAAGACCAACCAGGACCUUCUCCCCGAGACCCCGUGGACCAACGUCCUGUAUGAUGACUUCUGGGGCACCCUGCUCACCCACAGCGGCAGCCACAAGUCUUUCCGACCCCUCUGCACCCUCUCUUUCCGCCUCAACCACGCCCUGGGCGGCCUGCGCCCCUGGGGCUACCACCUGGUCAACAUGGGCCUUCACGGGGCUGUCACAGGCCUUUUCACUGCCCUCUGUCGCCCCCUCCUGGGGGGAGGUCCGUGGAGUCUUCUGGUGGGACUCCUCUUCGCCUCCCACCCGGUGCAUACGGAAGCCGUGGCGGGGGUGGUGGGGAGGGCCGACGUCGGUGCUGCACUGCUGUUCCUCUUGUCUCUUCUCUGUUACACAAGGCACUGCGGGCUCCGCUCGGCCUACACGGCCUCUUCUAGGGACUGUCAGACCAGGGGCUGUGGUAGGCUCCGAGCCUGGACGUGGCUGUGGCUGCUGGGGAGCCUGGUCUGCGCAGCGUCCAGCAUGCUGUGGAAGGAGCAGGGAGUCACGGUGCUGGCCGUAUCAGCGGCUUAUGACCUCUUUGUGUUCCAGCGGCUCCGGUUCCGCCAGGCGGUGGUCGUGCUCCUGGGGAAGAAGAGGAACACCACUGUACUGCUGAGUCUGAGUGUGUUGGCCUCCUGGGGCGUGCUUCUCCUGGCUGCUCGUCUCUACUGGAUGGGUAACAAGCCCCCCAACUUCUCCAACUCAGACAACCCGGCGGCCGACUCGCCACACCUUCUCACACGAACACUGACCUUCCUCUACCUGCCCGCCGCCAACGCCUGGCUCCUCCUAUGCCCUGUCCAGCUCAGCUUCGAUUGGUCCAUGGACGCUCUACCGCUAAUCAAGACCUUUUCUGAUUGGAGGAACCUUCACACCGUGGCCUUCUAUGCUGGAUUUACUCUCCUGGCCUGGUAUGGCCUCCGUAGCAGUAGCAGCCCCGACUCCAAGGCCAAGGAGACCAAUGGGAAAGCUCACUUGGCGAACGGGAAGGCCCUCACCAAUGGGCACAGCUACCAUCCUCCAGACGGCAACCACAACAACCACAACAUAAACUCAGAGCAGGGCUCUCCAAAGACCAAUGGGAAAACCACCCUCAACGGGAAUGGGUUCACCAAAACCUACCAAUGUUCCCCUCGGACCACCCACCCCUCCCUCCCCUCCCUUGCCACCCUCCCCUCCACGGAGAACGUGGUGGUCUUCUCCCUGGGCCUACUCUCGCUGCCCUUCCUCCCGGCCACAAACCUCUUCUUCUAUGUGGGCUUUGUGGUGGCCGAGCGGCUGCUGUACAUACCCAGCAUGGGCUUCUGUCUGCUGGUGGCGGUGGGGAUCCGGGCCCUGUACGUCAGGCUGAGAACCAGGGGCCCCAGGGUCGUGCUGCUGGGUCUGUGCGCGGGCCUGGUGCUGCUGUACGGCAUCAAGACGGUGCUGAGGAACAGGGACUGGAGCAACGAGGAGAUGCUCUACAAGUCAGGGAUCAGUGUUAACCCCGCUAAAGCAUGGGGCAACUUGGGAAACGUCCUGAAGAACCAGGGCAAGAUGGCAGAGGCGGAGAGGGCGUACCGGAAUGCCCUGUAUUACCGGGGAAACAUGGCUGACAUGUUGUAUAAUCUGGGUUUGCUGCUUCAAGAGAACCACAGGUCCUCAGAGGCACUGCAUUACUAUAAGCUGGCCAUUGGGAGCAGGCCAACUCUGGCGUCGGCCUACUUGAACACAGGCAUCAUCCUGAUGAACCAGGGCGGUCUGGAGGAGGCCAAGAGGACCUUUGUAACCUGCGCUGAGAUCCCAGACGAGAACCUGAAGGACCCCCAUGCCCACAAGAGCUCCGUCACCAGCUGCCUGUACAACUUGGGCAAGCUGCUCCACGAGCAGGGCCUGCAGGAGGAGGCUCUGUCUGUCUAUAAAGAAGCGGUGCAGAAAAUGCCGAAGCAGUUUGCACCUCAGAGUCUCUACAACAUGAUGGGAGAGGCCUACAUGAGGCUGAAUAGGCUGGAGGAGGCGAGCCACUGGUACAGAGAGUCGCUCAGGGCCAAGCCAGACCACAUCCCCGCACACCUGACCUACGGGAAACUCCUGUCCAUCAUUGGGCAGAAGACUGAGGCAGAGGGUUACUAUCGAAGAGCCAUUCAGCUGGACCCUUCCAAAGGAAACUGCUACAUGCAUUAUGGCCAGUUUCUGCUGGAGCAGUCUCGUCUGGCGGAGGCAGCAGAGAUGGCAGAGAGAGCUGCAGAUCUGGACAGCUCAGAGUUUGAUGUGGUCUUCAGCGCCGCUCACAUGCUCAGACAGGCCAGUCUAAACCAGGCAGCAGAGCGGCAUUAUGAGCGCGCGGCAAACCUCAGACCAGACGUGAGUACCUUGGCCCAGUGA